UAUUUGUCACGACUCCGUGAUUUAUCCAACAGCUGAUCAUCAGUAAAGCAAAGAGCUGGAAAGAUACACAAUUUAAAGAACAAUAAACAUCUCUCUGCUGUUGUACCAGCUAUUUAUUAAAGAAAUAUGUCAGAAACGGACCCAAAAUCGGUGCAGGAUCUCACAGCAGUGGUGCAGACAUUGCUGCAGCAGAUGCAAGAUAAAUUCCAGACGAUGUCAGACCAGAUCAUCGGGAGAAUUGAUGAAAUGAGCACCCGCAUCGAUGAUCUAGAGAAGAAUAUUGCAGACCUGAUGACUCAGGCGGGAGUGGAAGAGAUUGAAGGGGAGAACAAGGUCAAAGAGGGAGAGGCCUCCUAGUAUAGAAUCCUGAGUAGCAAAAACUGUCAACACUCUUCAGGAGCAGCAAGAUUUUCUCUAUGGUGACUAACAUAUUUUGGUUUGAUGUGAUGCUUUUUAAUAUUUAGAAUUUAAAGUCAGUCCUAAUACUAUGUAUGUAAUGUAUGCUACCCUUCCCCCCCUUUUUUCUGUAAUGGAUUACAAAGAACUUUAUAAACAUGACAUCCAACUGUAGAACCGAACCCUGCUUUAUUGUAAUAGCACUAGCCCAAGUGCCAACCUAACACCAUUCCUGUUCAAGUGAAUUUGUCACUGAAUUAAAGUUGUUUCUUAAAA